GGUCUCGGGGCAGUGGACGUUCCCGCGCUCUACUUCUGCCGGGAGCCGGGCGAGGCCAUGCGCGAGUCGCCAUGGCUGCUGGGGCGCUACGUCCGGCGCGCCACCUCGCCCAUCGAGCUGCGGCGCUGGGGCUCGGGCGUUGCCGGGUUCCUGAACAGGUUCGGCUCUCCCCUGGUGGACCCCCGGCGGGUAGGCGACCUCGUCUCGGAGGGGUCUGGGUUGCCUGCACAACAGCUCCUCUCCCGCUUCCUCCGUUGCCUCCUCGCCAUGCCACGCCACGUCAGCGGGCCGCGUGCAGUCCGAUUCCGCAAGCUUGUUCGGUCUGAUGUGCAUCGCAUUGCGAAAGCAGUUUAUCUCUGCCUGAUAUGUUCAAGGCCUAUGGGCAGUCUGUGAUUGGCCAGUGUUCUGCACAGCAGAACGAUUGCAUAUCGUACCUGGUCAUUGGUGUAGUCAUCGCUGUUUGCACCGACUUGGGUUAUACACUCUUUGCUAUCGCCAUUCGCAACGAGCAUGUCGUUGCUCAUGCCUUCCUGUGACAUGCAUGGGUUUGGAUACUGCACAUUCUGACAUCACGGUGCCAACAGAACGCGUCCUCAGUCGGGAGGCUCACUACCCAAGAGGGCAAGUUGGAACAUUGUAUUUGGAUGAUGUGCCGCAGAGCUUCCUUCGCGUCAACCACUAUGGACAGUGGAAGGGGCAACUUUGUCUGGAUGAUCGCAUGCAUUCGUUGUCAAUGCUCUGCAUGGUUCUUCAUUCAUUUACCUCUUGAAGGUGGACUCACGAUGUUAGGGAAGAUGAGGAGAAAGAGGAUGGGGUGUGGACGGAUACCGAGGAGACAGGUCGAGCAGGAUUACCUGCUGGAGCGAGAGAACUUGAAGAGGGCGCGGGGUGAAAAAGAAGGGCAUGUUAUUGGAAACCUUCCGAAGGCGGCGAGGGCCGUGGAGGAGACAUAACAAAUACCGAACACGUUGAUGCAGGCUCCCGCUCCUCCUGCCCAUUCGAGCAGUCAUAGCCUGCGAGCUGCGAGUUAGAGACCCGCGGAUGUUGUAGUCGUCGUCGGCCUGCGUUGCGUGCACGAGAAAGAUGCGUGAACGAAGAAGCAA